AUGACCCCACCCCCGAACACCAAUAUAUUAGGACGCAGGGCCGGUUUCAAGGAAGUCUGUGAGCGUCCAAACGGCUCCUGCCAGGAAUUAUGCAUCGACUCAGAAAUCCAGGCUGGGAGAUGUUUGGACGGCCGACCAUGCUGUCAGCCCACGGUGCACGUACCUGAAGUCGACCCUACUACACCCAAGGAGCACUGA